AUGUUAGUUAAUGUGGAUGUGACGUUCGUAAUCCGAAACAUUGUUCGUGGUAUUUCUGAAUCACUUAGUGAAGCUUGCAACCAGGUGAUGAGUUUGCCGCCUCGUCAUGAGCAUCCGUGCACACGAGAUUUCGAGAUAAUUGAACUAGAUGAUACUUCUGAUGAUGGCGAUUUAGUAAGUAGUGAUGGAGAAUCUGCAACUCGCCUAUUAGCUGAUAUGCGUGUUGAAACUGCCAAUUCUGUCUUACACACCAGUUCGAGCAUGCCUGGUCGCGUCGAAGAUGACAACGACGAACAGUCGUUUGAGGACGUCUUUGAGGGAACGCUGGGUGUUUCCCCUUCCUCAUCCCUUGUUAGGAAAGUAAACGAUGAUCCUGCUGAUGAUGAAAGGGAAAUAAAUUUCACACCAUAUUGUCGAGAACUGGAACGGGCAAUGGACGUUUCUAUUUUGUCGGGACCGUUUAUCGAGCUACUUUCAACGAAUGUUGAGAAUAUUAGGACACAGUUGGCACGUCUUUAUCGGAUGCGGUGGCCUCAUGGGAAAGGAAGUAUAGGUGUACAAAAUGCAACAAUAAAUUCUUAA